UCUUGAAUAAGAUUUCAUCUCAAGCUCUCUAAAAAACGAAUUAUCAGUUUUCAUCAACUGUUAACAGCGGUUAAUUACGAGAUUACAAGUUAUAUUAUGUCAAGAAUGAGUAGAUUUUGCCAACUAAUUCUGGUCCUUUUGGUGGUUGGGUUAUUAAGCCGCGUAGAAGGAUUGACGAACUCUCGGGCCAUUGCGGACUUCAUUGAUCCACAGAAUGUGGCGAGAAAAGCAGUUGGAGUUCGAGCGCUUAAAUGGAACGAUACAGUUGCCGCUUUUGCUCGUAAUUAUGCUAGACAGAGAAGAAAUGACUGCCUACUUCAGCAUUCAGAAGGAUCGCCCUACGGUGAAAAUAUAUUCUGGGGCGAAGGCCCAAAGUGGACAAGUCGUCAGGCAAUGAAUGCUUGGGUUGAUGAAAGGAAGUGGUAUAUCCAUGCCAAUAACACUUGCACAGGCCCAGAUUGCACACACUAUACUCAGAUUGUGUGGGCUACAACCACAAGUGUAGGGUGUUCUAUUAUAAAAUGUAAGAGCAAUGACACAUGGGUUAUAUGCAGCUAUGAUCCCCCGGGCAACUAUAUUGGUGAUAGGCCUUAUUGAUGGCCUCAGUGUUGCCAGCAUACAUUUUGCUGUUAG